UUUCGACGUUUUCCAGUCGGCGAUAAAAGCGCAGUACCGGACCCUCUCGGAAGUUGUUGCACAGUCGUUUCCGGGGCGGUGUGCGGUGGAGGAGGACUUCAAUGGGUCGCAGCCGCAGCCGGUCCCCACGGAGGGAGCGUAGGCGGUCCCGGUCCACAUCUCGGGAGAGAGAACGCAGGCGCCGAGAAAGGUCCCGGUCCCGGGAGAGAGAUAGGAGAAGGAGCCGCUCUCGAUCCCCCCACAGAAGACGCUCUAGAUCUCCAAGACGACAUAGAUCCACAUCUCCUUCCCCUUCUCGACUGAAAGAAAGAAGAGAUGAGGAAAAGAAAGACACAAAAGAAACAAAGAGCAAAGAACGUCAAAUUACUGAGGAAGAUUUAGAGGGCAAAACUGAGGAAGAAAUAGAAAUGAUGAAGUUAAUGGGCUUUGCCUCCUUUGACUCCACAAAAGGGAAAAAGGUGGAUGGCUCUGUAAAUGCCUAUGCUAUAAAUGUGUCUCAGAAGAGGAAGUACAGGCAGUACAUGAAUCGAAAAGGUGGAUUCAACAGACCUUUGGAUUUCAUUGCAUGAGAACUGAAAUGUUGAAGAAUGAUUUUUUUUCCUUUGAUCUUGAGCAGAAGAGUGGAUUUUAUAUUUUGUAUUUAAUGUGCAUCAAAAACAGGAUCACAGUUCUCCCUCCUUGUAAAGUAAGAAAAUUUUAUUUAUGAUGUAUGCAGUUCAUUUACACUGCCUCAAAAGAAAAAUGGUUAAUAUUACACUUUUUUCUUUUAGGAAAUAUUUGGGGCAGUCAUCACCCCUAUUUUUUUGUCCUUAUUCCAUGAAAACUAUAUAUGUUUUCUUCUUGGAUGCGCAUUAGGACUUUUUUAAACACUUAAAAGUAAUUUGGAUGUAAGUUUCUCAAAUAAAGCAGUAUUUCUACCC